CCAGAGAGAAAGAAAAUGGCUAUGCAGAGAACUUAAUUGAGAAAGGACCAACAGAGAAGAGGGAAAUAGUAAUAAUACACGCGGAGACUGAAACCCUAGAUUUCUUCCUUACAACAACAUGGUCUCGAAGUAGAGAGUUAGAUAUAUAGACAGCUAUAAAAACUCAUCUAUUUAUUUUCUUUUUUUUAUGAAUGCUCCUUGUUUGGGUGGGGUUUGAAUUAGGGUUUUGUAGGAUUGUUUAAUUUGUGUUUGUCUUGGAAUUAUAGUUUCUGAUUGUAUCUGGGAAUUGCUGGCGCACUAUGUGAAGGAUUUGAAUUAGGUUUAAUUGGAUUCUGUGUGAUGUGAGUGGUGUGAGUGGGCGUGUCUAGGGUUUGUGUGUGUUUAUGUUUUCAAUGGGCAGCAUGGGUGAGUCAGACAGAAAACGGCGUCACUUUAGCUCCCUGUCACCGACGGCAGCACCUGCUACUGCCAAGAAGCUGCCCUUCUUGCCCAUUUCUGAAGACAAAAAGCUUGAUAUUGCUGUACUUCAGUUUCAAAAUCAAAAGCUUAUGCAGAAAUUAGAAACACAGAAGCUAGAGCAUACAGCUCUUGAGAAUAAAUUUUCUCAAAUGAAGGAGAGGCAACAGUCAUAUGACUCUGCUUUAACAGUGGUUAAGAAAAACUGGGAACAGCUGGUUAAUGACUUGGCAUCGUGUUCUGAACGCUCGAGAGAGUAUAUCUGCAACUUGGAUUCAAGAUACGCUGACGUUGCUAGCGAUGAUAGUCCAUCAACUGUUCAUGAUGUUUUUCUCAGCAGACUGAUGCAAACUGGUGCAACUGAAAGCUCUUCCACUUACAACUGUGCAAACCAGGUGGAAGAGCAGAGACAAUUGAAUUCCGAAAAAGAACAAAGCAUUUUGAAAAACGUUGUUACAACUAUUCAUAAAUUUUGGCGUUUGAAGGAUGGAUUGCAUACUGCAGUACUGAAGAAGCUUCCAGGAGAUGUUUCAUACAGGCAGAAGCUUUCCGCUGAUUUAGAAGGGGAAGUUAAAAAUUUGAGGUCAGCAUUCAGUGAAUUGCAUUUAAAGCACAAGUCUUUAGCAAGUGAGUUCCAAGCUCGUAGAGAUCUUGAUGCCAAAAAUAAAGCAGAACUUUGUAAAUUGAAAGGGGAGCUUGAACGCAUUCUUGCAGAACUGGAAGAAAGCAAUAGCAAACUUUUUACUCUUAAAGCAGAGAGAGAUUCAGCAAAGGGGGCAGUUCUCCCUGUCUUAAAUGUUGGAACUGCGCAUGUUGCUAGUGAUAAAGUCAGAGACAAGCAAAAGGAUUUGCAAGAUAUGGAAUCUACUCUGAAGGACCUAUUGGACCAAGGUUCGUCUCGAUUAGUGGAACUGAAAGGUCUUCACGAGGAAAGAAUAAGAAUAUUACAGCAGUUGUGCGAUCUACAGAACACGUUGAAGAAUUUGGAUUGUAUUACUUCUUCCCAUUGCUUCCAAUUGGUUAGAGAUCAGAUAGAAAAAUCAAAAGCCGAAGUUCACGAGUAUCAGGCUUUAUUCGAGAAACUACAGGUUGAGAAAGACAAUCUUGUGUGGAAGGAGAGGGAAUGGUACAUUAAAAAUGACUUAGCAGAUAUUUUUCAAAGAUCAGUGUCAGUUGCUGAUUCUAGAGUGGCUGAUUUACGGUCUGAGAUACAGAAAAAGAUAGAUGAAAGAAAUGUGAUUGAAAAUAAACUGCAUGAGGAAGCAAGAGAACCGGGAAGGAAUCAAGUUAUAGGAGAAUUUAAAUCUUUGCUUUCUUCAUUUCCUGAGGAAAUGGAAUCUAUGCAAAGUCAACUAAGCAAGUAUAAAGAAUCAGCUUCAGAUAUCCAUUCUCUGCGUGCAGAUGUGCAGUCUAUUUCUAAUAUUCUUGACAGGAAGGUAAAGGAAUGUGAUGUUUUCACUGUUAGGGCUGCUGGUCAAGCUGCUGAAAUAAAGAGGCUGCUUGGUGUGGUUGAAGAAUUGAGAGAGAGUGAGCGGGAUUUGAAGUUGAUACUGGAAAUGUUUAGACGUGAAUCCAUUGAUUCAAGGGAUAUCAUGGAAGCCCGUGAGGCAGAAUACAGAGCAUGGGCAAAUAUUCAAAGUUUGAAAACUUCUCUUGAUGAGCAUGGCUUAGAACUGCGUGUUAAGACAGCAAAUGAAGCUGAGGCCAAAUCUCAACAAAGGCUGGCUGCUGCUGAAGCUGAGAUAGCUGCCAUGAGACAGAAAUUAGAAGAUUCUAAAAAGGAGAUGUCUGAACUGUCUGUUGUAUUAAGAUCAAAAAAUGGAGAAAAUGAGGCCUACUUGUCUGAAAUAGAGUCUAUUGGGCAAGCAUAUGAUGAAAAGCAGACUCAAAACCAGCAUAUGCUGCAGCAGAUUACUGAGAGGGAUGAUUACAAUAUUAAGCUUGUUUUAGAAGGUGUAAGGGCAAGACAAAAGCAAGAUUCUUUGGUCAUGGAAAAGCGGGUAAUGCAACACGAGAUCCAGCAAGCAAAUGUAACCCGAAAUUUAUAUGAUUCAAAAGCUGCGAGAAUUGAGGACCAGUUGAAAUUUUGUUCAGAUCAAAUUCAAAGACUAAUAGAGGAUAAGAUGCAAAGUUCUGUCACUUUGGAAAACACUCAUAGAAGGCUGUUGGAUGUUAGAAGAUCAUCUCAACAGGUUAAGAAUACAGUUACAGAGGUGCAAUCUAAAUCUGGUAGUAGUCGAGUUACUUGUAUGGAGUUACAUGUUGAACUUGAGAAAGAAAGAUUUUCCAAGAAAAGAAUAGAGGAGGAGCUGGAGGUUUCUAGGAGAAAGCUUUCGCGCCUUAAAGCACAGAAUGAAGGAUGCUCGGUGAUUGAAAGACUCCAAGAGGAACUGGCAGAGUACCGGGAAAUUGUUAAAUGCAGUAUCUGCCAAGACCGAACAAAAGAGGUGGUAAUUACAAAAUGCUACCACUUGUUUUGCGGUACAUGUAUCCAGAAAGUAUCUGGGAGUCGACACCGCAAAUGUCCACAGUGUAGCACAAGCUUUGGGGCUAAUGAUGUUAAGCCUGUAUACUUGUGACUGGAAACUUGGAGUUCUCUCCUGUGGGUUGGCGGCCAGACCAUAGUUUUCUUUUGAAUUUUCUGGUAAAAAAGAAAUGGGGUAUGAAUACUCAACAGUUGAUAAGGAACUUUGGCAGGGAAUACUGAGUUCCUGUCCGGUUUUGAUUUAGAUCAAAACGGAUUCUUUUUGCUGGUACUUUUUCUUGGUACCAUCUGUACUUUGUUGAAUCUGGAAUAUUUAGAUUUAGAGUUUAGUAUAAAGAACUUGGAGCCAUAGGAAAAGUGAUAAUUGUUCCAUGCAGAUUUAUCAUAAUACAUCUUCCGAUGCGAUUUGGAGAGGUCAUCAAGGUUGGCCUUCGCUGUGCGAUUAAUAAUUCGAACUGUUGUAUUCCUGAAACAUGGCAAAUUGCCUUGGAAGUUGACUCUAGAGAGAAGAUAUUCUGA